AUGCUGGCUGUGGUCAUCUACGAAGUGGGAGCAGCCGGUCUGUCCUCGCAAGUAAACUGGUCACCAGCCGUCGUACACACGGCCAUCACAAAGGUAACAGAGGACGUAUCGUCAACGGACAACGCUCCCAAGCCGUACUACCACCGCGGCUUCAACCACAUGUUGGUUCUGUGGAGGUACUGGAUGACGCACGAGGAGGAUGUUUUCGCUGAACUACUCACCAACAACACAGGCACUGCUAAGUUCUGGAAGGAGUUUCCUAAGAAGUUACUGGGUAUGUCUGAGUACACUCUGCCCGCGAUAAUGAAGUUGGCGGACGACCAGGUGAUGCCUCCUGUCAACAAGGAGUGGGCUGAACAACUCACCAAGGAGUUUACUGAUGAUCUUAUUAAGUUGCUGGGCGAUGACGGAGUCCUCCUGUUCCCCAGUAGUCCACUAGUGGCCCCUUACCACUACUCCCCCAUAGUGCGCCCCUUCAACUUCGCUUACUGGGCCAUCUUCAACGCACUGCACUUCCCUGCUGCACAGGUACCUCUAGGCCUGAACAGUGACAAGGUACCAGUGGGUAUCCAAGUAGUGGCGGCGCCCCGCCAGGAGGCGCUGUGCGCGGCCGUGGCGGAGCACCUCGGGGAAGCCCUGGGGGGCGUAGUCCCACCCUGCCAGAUACUGCAGUAGACACACUGAAUACUGACACGUUACUCAAUUUAAAGUUUUACUUAACCCCUCGAGCGUCCUUAUGAGCACCCGGUGGAUCAUAAGAAAAAAUGCUCCAAAUGUCACGUGUGCAACCGUUGGAUCAUAAGGAACGCGGACGCUCGACGGGUUAAAUAUCUCUCUGUCUCUGUCAUUUUACAAGGAAUUUGUAGAGACAGAAAUAUUUUUGAGGGUGUCUUUAAAAUUAGUGGCGUUUGGAUAUUUGAACAUUAGUAUUGAGGCUUCAUUUUUACCCGACUGAAGGAUGGGUAGUGUUAUAUCAACUGAACUGAUGAUAAUAAUGUUGACUAGAUGCUUUUAUUAUGAACAAAUUGUAUUUAGUUUACGCUUUUAGUAUAAUGCUCAGGUUAACUUGCUCACUUCUAUUCGAUUUGCUCAAGUUAUUUACAAAAAAAUAGUAAUUAAAAAGCGUUAAUAAUUAUUUUAUGCAUUAGUGUCCGUCA